AUGUACCUGCUCACACUUCUCGCCCUCUCCCCGCUGACCUACGGGGCCACAACGCUCAUCCCUACGACAUGUUUUGACGACUACUCCUCGCUCGAGGAAUACUUUGCCUACCUGUACCCCUGGGGCUCCGACCACAACGGCUCCGCCCGGAUGGUGGGCAACUCGUCCGACCAUGAAUACAUCUCGGUCGAUUCAGGGACGCUCACCAUAGUCGCGAAGCCCGUCAGUGGCCAGCCUCCGACCAGUGGAGGCCAAGAGAUCAACUAUCUCUCGGGCGCGAUACACUCGGCUACCAGCUUCACGGUUGAGGCCGGAUCGGGGUUCGAUAUCCAGGCCGAAUUCCAGGCGCCAACGGCGACGGGCACAUGGCCUGCGUUCUGGUUGAACGGGGCCGACACCUGGCCGCCCGAGAUCGAUAUAGCUGAGUGGAAGGGUAUGUAUCCGCUGAACUUUGAAGGAUUAAGGCUCAUGGGUAUAGGAACUGGUGAUAUCAGCUUCAACACUUUCAAUACCUCGUCGGAGGUGCAAGCACACGAUAUUGAAUACCCCUCGCCCGAUAAUUUCCAUACCGUGAAAGCAGAGAUUCGCGAUGAAGACGGCUCGAACAUCUCCGUUAAGUUCUUUCUAGAUGGGACCGAGGUCACCACCCAGUAUGGGGCGGAGAUUAUCAACCUCCAGAUGGAGGGGUCUUCUGGCUCGCCUGGCCCGACCACAGGCCUCCUACUCUCCGCAUCUCCAAUUUCACCACACCACACCACCAUCACCACCACCACCACCAACAUCUCCACCAACACUCCCUCAAUCCGAUCACCUGCCGAAAUGACCCUCGACGACAAUCCUCCCGGCGGCUCCCAAAGCGACCUCCCCCGCCCCGCGCCAUCGUCCCCAUUCGGAAAAUACUACCCCCUCCACAUCAACCCCGAGAACAUCUUCCCCGUGGACCCGAUCACCCGCACAUUCUGCUUCUUCGGCACGCGAGGCUUCCACCAAAAAGUCGAAGAAACCGUCGCGCGUCGCAUCGAGAACGCCCGCGUGCUGAUCCAGCGCCUCCCGACGCAGGACGAGCUCGACGCGAUGGUGACGCACAGCUCGCGCAGCGUCGCCUACGAGCGCAAGGGGAUUUGGAUCGGGGCGCUCAUCUACGCGGGUAUUUCGCUGCCGCGGUGGGCGAGGACGGAGCGCUGGCGCACGUACGUGCCGCCCACCGGGUCGAUGGUGCAGCGGCUGGCGGCCGGGUUCAAGGCGUUCAAUAAGGCGGAGCCGCUGGUGGCGCGCCAGCGGACUAUGCUGGCCGUGUUCAAGUUGAUGUUCUCGAUGAUUGCGGGGGCGUCGGUGUCGGGGGUGAUGGGGGUGUAUACGGAGACGAAGAAUACGGUGUCGGAUCCGCGACUUGCGCAGUUUAUGGCGGAUCUGCGGAAUCAGAAUCCCGAGGAGGUGCAGAAGCGGAAGGCCGCUGCGAUUGAGAGUCGGAGGAGACAGAUGCACCAGCGGCGGCUGGAGGAGGUUCCUGCUGUUGGUGAUGGGCAGGGUGGUCUGGAGAAGGAGCAGGGAUAUGCGUCCGGGGGCGUGGAAACCGACUCGCCUCAGACUGCGACGGCGGGUCGAGUGUAUCAGGCGGUGCAGGAUCGCAGGCCGGUCGUCGACAGCUCUGAAAGUCAGUCGAAGGGGUCGUAUUUCUUCGACGAUGAUGAUGCUAGUCCCGUGGCGCCGGAGCACAGAAACACCAGCCUGCAGGACGCGGCGCAUCCGACAACAAUCGAUGUCUGA